AUGACUGGAUAUUCAGAACAAUAAAAAUUGAUGAUUGGAGUUGACUCAUGUUUUUCACAAUCAGAAUAUUCAAUCCUUGGGUUUGGAUAAUUUAAUUUUUGUACUUUUCUUAUGCAUUCAAAGCCUGAGAAUGUAGCUCCAAAAGUUUAAUUAAAAAAUUUAAUAAACGGAAUAAAGAAUUUACUGAAAAACUCCGAAUUUGAUGAAAAAAAUCAAGACGAACUUUAACAGAGCGGAAACUCAUUCUAAAAUGAAAUCUCUGUAUUCAGAGGAUCAGUACAGAUUAGCAAUACAGAGAGAUUCCAACCAGUAGUAACUGAUGAUAACCAAUCCAAACAUCUCUUAAACUUUUUAAGUCAAGAUAUACUGCACAUUCCAGAAAUACCACAGUAUGAUAAUUAAUUGGAAAGCCAUUUACAAAAUGCUUUGAUUCUAUAUAUUCCGCAAAAGUGA